AUGUUCCUCUUCCUGCUCUGCCUCACCCUCUUCCAGGUCUACUACAGCCUGUGGCGGAAGCUGCUGCAGCUCUUCUGGUGGCUGGUGGUGGCCUACACCAUGCUGGUGCUGGUCGCCGUCUACACCUUCCAGUUCCAGGACUUCCCCGCCUACUGGCGCAACCUGACCGGCCUCACGGAUGAGCAGCUGGGGGACCUGGGCCUGGAGCAGUUCAGCGUGUCGGAGCUCUUCUCCAGCAUCCUCAUCCCCGGCUUCUUCCUGCUCGCCUGCAUCCUGCAGCUGCACUACUUCCACCGGCCCUUCAUGCGCCUCACCGACCUGGAGCGCCGCCCCCUGCCCGGCGCCCGCGCCCCACACUGGGCCCGCAGGCAGGACGCGGUGAGUGGGACCCCACUGCUGCAACAGGAGGAAGAGGAGGCCCCCAGGGACGAGGGGCUGGGCACAGCAGGCCCCUCCCAGGCCUCGCAGGCCCCAGAGGCCAGCAAGUGGGGCCUGGUGGCAGAGAGGCUGCUGGACCUGGCCGCCGGCUUCUCAGACGUCCUCGCCCGUGUGCAGAUGUUCACGCAGCGCCUGCUGGAGCUGCAUGUCGUAAAGCUGGUCGCACUGUACGCUGUCUGGGUGGCCCUGAAGGAGGUGUCAGUGAUGAACUUCCUGCUGGUGGCGCUCUGGGCCUUCGCCCUGCCCUACCCACGCUUCCGGCCCACGGCCUCCUGCCUGUCCACUGUGUGGACCUGCGUCAUCAUCGUGUGCAAGAUGCUGUACCAGCUCAAGGUCGUCAACCCGCACGAGUACUCCAGCAACUGCACCGAGCCCUUCCCCAACAGCACGAACCUGCAGAAGACGGAGGUCCAUGACUCUCUGCUGUACCGGGGCCCCAUUGACCCUGCCAACUGGUUUGGGGUGCGGAAGGGCUUCCCAAACCUGGGCUACAUCCAGAACCACCUGCAGAUCCUGCUGCUGCUGGUGUUCGAGGCCAUGGUCUACCGGCGCCAGGAGCACCACCGCCGCUGGCACCAGCUGGGCCCACUGCCCGCCCAGGCCGUCUGCGCUGACGGCACCCGCCAGCAGCUGGACCGGGACCUUCCCAGCUGCCUCAAGUACUUCGUCAACUUCUUCUUCUAUAAAUUUGGGCUGGAGAUCUGCUUCCUGAUGGCUGUGACUGUGAUCGGGCAGCGCAUGAACUUCAUGGUCAUCCUGCACGGCUGCUGGCUGGUGGCCAUCCUCACGCGCCGGCGCCGUGUGGCCAUCGCCCGCCUCUGGCCCAACUACUGCCUCUUCCUGGCACUCUUUCUGCUGUACCAGUACCUGCUGUGCCUGGGCGUGCCCCCUGCCCUGUGCAUCGACUACCCGUGGCGUUGGAGCCGGGCCGUCCCCAUGAACUCCGCCCUCAUCCAGUGGCUGUACCUGCCCGACUUCUUCAGAGCCCCCAACUCCACCAACCUCAUCAGUGACUUCCUCCUGCUGCUCUGCGCCUCCCAGCAGUGGCAGGUGUUCCUGGCUGAGCGCACGGAGGAGUGGCAGCACAUGGCUGGCAUCAACACUGACCACCUGGAGCCGCUGCGGGGGGAGCCCAACCCCGUGCCCAACUUCAUCCACUGCAGGUCCUACCUCGACAUGCUGAAGGUGGCCGUCUUCCGCUACCUCUUCUGGCUGGUGCUGGUGGUGGUGUUCGUCACGGGCGCCACGCGCAUCAGCGUCUUCGGGCUGGGCUACUUGCUGGCCUGUUUCUACCUGCUGCUGUUCGGGACCAGCUUGCUGCAGAAAGACACGCACUCCCGCCUCGUGCUGUGGGACUGCCUCAUCCUCUACAAUGUCACCGUCAUCAUCUCCAAGAACAUGCUCUCGCUCCUGUCCUGUGUCUUCGUGGAGCAGAUGCAGAGCAGCUUCUGCUGGGUCAUCCAGCUCUUCAGCCUCGUGUGCACUGUCAAAGGCUACCACGACCCCAAGGAGAUGCUGGGCCGGGACCAGGACUGCCUGCUGCCCGUGGAGGAGGCCGGCGUCCUGUGGGAUAGCAUCUGCUUCCUGUUCCUGCUGCUGCAGCGCCGCGUCUUCCUCAGCCGCUACUUCCUGCACGUCAGGGCCGAGCUCCAGGCCACUGCCCUGCAGGCCUCCAGGGGUUUCGCCCUCUACAAUGCUGCCAAUCUCAAGACCAUCGAGCUUCACCGCAGGGCGGAGGAGAAGUCCCUGGCCCAGCUGAAAAGACAGAUGGAGCGCAUCCGGGCCAAACAGGAGAAGCACAGGCAAGGCCGGGCCGGCCGCAGCCGCCUGCAGGACUCGCCAGGCCCCGGGCAGGAGCCAGGGCCCGGCAGUCCAGGGGGCUCCUCCCCGCCACAGCGACAGUGGUGGCGGCCCUGGCUGGACCACGCCACAGUCAUCCACUCCGGGGACUACUUCCUGUUCGAGUCCGACAGCGAGGAGGAGGAGGAGGCCCAGCCCGAGGACCUCAGGUCGUCAGAACAGAGUGCCUUCCAGAUGGCCUACCAGGCGUGGGUGACCAGCGCCCAAACGGUGCUGAGGCAGCAGCGGCAGGAGCAGACGAGGCAGCUGCCCACGGGAGGCGGCCCAGGCCAAGAGGCGGCACCGGCGGAGGGCCUGCAGGACCAGAUGGCAGGCCGCAGGCAUGUGGUACAGCGGGUGCUGAGCGCCGUGCAGUUCCUGUGGGUGCUGGGGCAGGCACUGGUGGACGGGCUGACACGCUGGCUGCUCACCUUCACACGGCACCACAGCGCCAUAAGUGACGUGCUGCGUGCCGAGCGCUACCUGCUCACGCAGGAGCUGCUCAGGGGCGGAGAGGUGCGCCGGGACGUGCUGGACCAGCUGUACAUCAGCGAAGUGGAGGCCACGCUGCCAGGCCACUUGGAGGCCCGCGAUGCUCUGAGCACAGCAUCAAGUGGGCUGGGGGCCGAGGAGCCACUGAGCAGUGCGACUGAGGACACCAGCAGCCCCCAGAGCACCGGCUACCACACCCGCAGCAGCGGCAGCGAGGACACGGUUGUUGAGCCUGGGACGUCCCUACUCGGCUCCCGGGAGCUUGCCACCGGCGGCCGCGCCCAAACACGCACGGCCAGUGAGCUGCUCCUGGCCAGACGCCUGCACGUCCCGGAGCUGGAGGCGGCCGAGCAGUUUGCGGCACGGCAGGGCCGGGCGCUGCGCCUGCUGCGGGCCGGGUACCAGUGCCUGGCCGCCCACUCGGAGCUGCUCUGCUACUUCGUCAUUGUCCUCAACCACAUGGUCACGGCCUCAGCCGCCUCGCUCGUGCUGCCCGUGCUGGUCUUCCUGUGGGCCAUGCUGUCCAUCCCGCGGCCCAGCAAGCGCUUCUGGAUGACGGCCAUCGUCUUCACGGAGGUCACCGUGGUCACCAAGUACCUGUUCCAGUUCGGCUUCUUCCCCUGGAACAGCCACGCGGUGCUCCAGCGCCACGAGAACAAGCCCUACUUCCCACCGCGCAUCCUGGGGCUGGAGAAGCGCGACGGCUACGUCAGGGGGGAUCUGGCGCAGCUCAUGGCGCUCUUCUUCCACCGCUCCCAGCUGCUGUGCUACGGCCUCUGGGACCACGAGGACGACCCGCUCUCCAAGGAGCACGACAGAGGCAGUAGGAAGAAGGGGGCUGAGGAGGAGCUGGCCCCACUAGGACCCCAGGAGGAGCCAGGGGUGGCCAGGACUGAGGGCGACAUCCAGCUAGAAGUAAGGGACGGGCCCCCUGAGCCCCAAGACAAGAGGCGUAUCAGCCUGCGUUUCCGGAGGAGCAGGAGGGAGAGCACAGAACCCAGAGGACAGGCAGCCGUGGACGCUGAGGACCAGGAGGAGGACGAGGCGGAGGCAGCGGCAGCCUCGAGGAGGAGGAAGCAGCGGAGUCGCCCCCGGGAAAGAGUGAGGGAGGCGGGGGCCCAGCUGCGGAGCUGCUGCCUGUCCCUGGCCCAGGGCGUCUACCGGCCCCUGCGGAGGUUCUUCCAGGACAUUCUGCACACCAAGUACCGCGCGGCCACCGACGUCUACGCCCUCAUGUUCCUGGCCGACGUGGUCGAUUUCAUCAUCAUCAUCUUCGGCUUCUGGGCCUUUGGGAAGCACUCAGCGGCCACGGACAUCACGUCCUCCCUGUCAGAUGACCAGGUGCCUGAGGCCUUCCUCGUCAUGCUGCUGGUCCAGUUCAGCACCAUGGUCAUCGACCGCGCCCUGUACCUGCGCAAGACCGUGCUGGGCAAGCUGGCCUUCCAGGUUGUGCUGGUCCUGGCCAUCCACGUCUGGAUGUUCUUCGUCCUGCCCGCCGUCACCGAGCGGAUGUUCAACCAGAAUGCCGUGGCCCAGCUGUGGUACUUCGUCAAGUGCGUCUACUUCGCCCUGUCGGCCUACCAGAUCCGCUGCGGCUACCCCACCCGCAUCCUCGGCAACUUCCUCACCAAGAAGUACAACCACCUCAACCUGUUCCUCUUCCAGGGGUUCCGGCUGGUGCCCUUCCUGGUGGAGCUGCGGGCCGUGAUGGACUGGGUGUGGACGGACACCACGCUGUCCCUGUCCAGCUGGAUGUGCGUGGAGGACAUUUAUGCCAAUAUCUUCAUCAUCAAGUGCAGCCGCGAGACAGAGAAGAGAUACCCGCAGCCCAAGGGGCAGAAGAAGAAGAAGGUGGUCAAGUAUGGCAUGGGUGGCCUGAUCAUCCUGUUCCUGGUGGCCAUCAUCUGGUUCCCGCUGCUCUUCAUGUCCCUGGUGCGCUCUGUGGUCGGGGUCGUCAACCAGCCCAUCGACGUCACCGUCACCCUCAAGCUGGGCGGUUAUGAGCCCCUGUUCACCAUGAGCGCCCAGCAGCCAUCCAUCGUGCCCUUCACCGCCCAGGCCUAUGAGGAACUGUCCCGGCAGUUUGACCGCGACCCACUGGCCAUGCAGUUCAUCAGCCAGUACAGCCCCGAGGACAUCGUCACAGCGCACAUCGAGGGCAGUUCCGGGGCACUGUGGCGCAUCAGCCCACCGAGCCGGGCGCAGAUGAAGCGUGAGCUGCACAAUGGCACCGCCGAUAUCACCCUGCGCCUCACCUGGAACUUCCAGAGGGACCUGGCCAAGGGCGGCACCGUGGAGUACACCAACGAGAAGCAUACCCUGGACCUAGCCCCCAACAGCACCGCCCGGCGGCAGCUGGCCAGCCUGCUGGAGGGCACCUCCGACCAUUCCGUGGUCAUCCCCCACCUCUUCCCUAAGUACAUCCGUGCCCCCAACGGACCUGAAGCCAACCCUGUGAAACAGCUACAGCCCAAGGAGGAGGCUGACUACCUCAGUGUGCGCGUCCAGCUGCGCAGGGAGCGUGUGGGCUCGGGGGCAGCUGGCUUCCUCGAGUGGUGGGUCAUCGAGCUGCAAGACUGCCGAGCCAGAUGCAACCUGCUGCCCAUGGUCAUCUUCAGUGACAAGGUCAGCCCACCCAGCCUGGGCUUCCUGGCCGGCUACGGCAUCAUGGGUCUCUACGUGUCCAUCGUGCUGGUCAUCGGCAAGUUCGUGCGUGGCUUCUUCAGCGAGAUCUCGCACUCCAUCAUGUUCGAGGAGUUGCCAUGCGUGGACCGCAUCCUUAAGCUCUGCCAGGACAUCUUCCUGGUGCGGGAGACGCAGGAGCUGGAGCUGGAGGAGGAGCUGUACGCCAAGCUCAUUUUCCUGUACCGCUCACCCGAGACCAUGAUCAAGUGGACCCGUGAGAAGGAGUAGGGCCACCCCUCCGGCCAAGGCCACCAGCUGACCUGCUCCCGGCCCACGAGCGCUGCUACUGUGCUGUCGGGAGCGAAGCCGCGGCUCCCCCGGCCUGGCGCAGGACUGCCGCCCCUGCCAGCCGUCCCUGCGGGGCCCGGCGCUGCCCAGCACCACACACGGCCAGAGGCCCGGCCCUCCCUGCCCCAUGCGUACUGUAGAGUUUUCUAAUUAAAACGUUUUUAUUUAUA